GGGCGCCUAACCAACCCAACAACGGUUGGCUUUUCUCUGAGGAUUGUGUUACCUUCAAACCGUCCAAUGGAAAAUGGAAUGACGCAGCCUGUGACUUCGGUACCAGACCUUACAUCUGUGAAAGGAAUAGCUCAUCCAUUCCAAAAUGUGACGAGUCCCACGGUUGGAAGAGCCACAACGGCAAGUGCUACCAAUUCUUCUACGAUUACCAGACAUGGCAGACGGCCCAAGACACCUGUUCUUUCUACAAGGAUGGCCACAUUGCGUAUGUCAAGAGUCCCGAGGAUCAAGCCUUUCUGGACGAUCUGCAGCUCAUGCAUGGCUAUUCCUACUGGAUUGGCCUGCAGGAUGGUAGCACGAAUGGUGCAUACCAGUGGUCGGAUAAAACCAAGUUUGACCUGACCAACGAUUUCUCCAAUUGGGAGACUGGCCAGCCAACGAACAAUUGGUAUGGUAACGAGGGUGAUUGUGGGAAUGUGGACACAUCAGGACAUUGGACCAUAAGCAAAUGCGACGACAUGAUUGAUUACGUUUGUGAAAUUCCUGAAGGCGCCUGUGCUCCUGGGUGGUAUCUCGUCAACGGAAACUGCUACCAAGUCAACUCCCAAACUCUGAGGACCUGGACCGAUGCCAAACAGUAUUGUGAAGCACAGCUGGCCUUUCUGACCACCAUCAAAUCGGAUGCAGAGAACAACAUGAUCAAAUCUUUUCUGAGUGAUCUCAACAGCCAAGGCAUCAAUGAGCUCUACAUUGGGGCUUCAGAUCUCGAGAAGGAUGGCACCUUUGUCUGGGUUGACGGCACGUCUGCCCGCUCCCCGUACUCCCACUGGGUCAGUGGUCAACCUCCAGACACCCCAGAUCAGAAGAAAGACUGUGCUUACAUAGACACCGCGGACAGCUUAGAUUGUGAAUGGAGAGCCGGGGAUUGCUUCAUGUUGGGAGCCUAUGUUUGUCAAACCAAAGCAGGUCACAAAGUGGAGUCCGUGCCUUCAACUCCCAUAACUGACCACUGUGACGGGCCGAGUUGGGAUCUGCACAAAAACUACUGCUACGAGAUUGUCCUGACGUAUGAAAAGUGGGCCGACGCUGACACAAAGUGUAAAGCACUGGGUGCCGAAUUGGUCAGCAUACAUAGUGACGAUGAACAAUCCUUCAUGUCGGUCCGUAUCAGUGUGAUGAACCAACGUGUUUGGAUGGGACUGAACGACCAAGCCACAGAAGGGACCUUUGUCUGGACGGAUUCGACAAACUUUGAUUACAAUAACUGGGCUGACCCCAACGCCAUCGGGAGUGAGGACUGCGUGAGCAUGGAGGGCCACACCACGAGCUACGGGCUGUGGAAAGCACGCAACUGCGACGAGCUGAACUACUACGCUUGCAAGAAACCGUCAAUCAAAGGAACAGCAGCCCCCCCUCCACCACUGCCAACAAUAAUUUACGACUCCCGUUGCGGCUCAGGCUGGGAAUUGGACAAGAAGUCCGGCAAGUGCUACUUGUUUCAGCCGUUUGAGAAAGUCAACUGGUUUGGGGCUCGCUACGCGUGUCGCCUGCUGGGCGGUGAUCUCAUGAGCCUGACAGGGAAUGACGACUUGGCCUAUGCUACUAGUCGGUUGAUAACCACCGGCGGGGGAGAAUCCUGGAUAGGAUGCAACGACCUGGGCACCGAGGGCGGAUGGGUCUGGAGUGACAAGAAACCCUUCUCAUUGCUCAACUGGAACCCAGGUCAACCCGAUAACUGGUUUGGUUACAGCCAGAUAGGAGAACACUGCUGCAACAUAUACAACGCCCUCGGAACGUGGAACGACAACUUCUGUGAAAACCAAAUAGGCUACAGCUGCAACAAAGAUGAUAUGGUGCUCAAGUAUUUCUUAACCUACUCGGAGAAGAAAAUCAUGGGUUCGCCAGACAGUAUGGUGGUUCAGAAUGCCUGGCCCAAGGACUGCGCCGAGAAGUGUCGCACCUUGCCUACCAACACCUUCUACUGCAAGUCCUUUGACUACGAGAGGGCCACACGGACCUGUUACCUCUACAAGGUGGACCAGGCCACCGCUGGGGGUCUGAUUCCGACCUUUGACACGCAGCAUUUUGAUUACUACGAGCGAGAUUUAUUUGCCACCCCUCCUCCUCAGCCGACCCCCGUGCCGGCCAACAAGGGAUGCCCCACAGGCUGGGGUCAGUACAAAGAAUACUGCUACUACGCCAACUUCAACAAGUCGGAUUUCGCCGGAGCCCAGGCCGAGUGCCAGAAACUGGGAGCAGAGGUGACCACGAUCCAUAACAUGAAUGUCAACAAUUUCCUGCGUGCAUUUGUCUAUGAACAAAACCCAAUCGAGAACCGGUUUUGGAUCGGACUGACUGACCAGAAACAAGAGAUGCUGUACGAGUGGUACACUGGUGAACCUGUUGUCUUUACCAACUGGAACGCCAGGGAGCCCAAUGACGCCAAUGGAGAGGACUGCACCGAAAUGUAUAUUGACUCUGGGUUCUGGAAUGACGUGCCUUGCCAGGGUUACACCUACAAUUCCAUUUGUCGGAAAAUUGUAUCGACUGGUAACCCGCCUCCGGUGCAGGACACAACAUGCCCGACAGGUGGCACAUGGAAUUACCGAUUUAAAGACCGAUGCUACCAGAUCGAACUAUUCAAACUGCCCUGGGCAGAUGCUGUCAACAGGUGCACAACGACACCUGGAGCUCAGUUGGUUAUCAUUGAGGACAGGAUGGAGCUAGCGUACCUGAGCGGUGCACUGGGUAGUCAAGACGCGGCCGACGACUACUUCAUUGCUUUUAGCGACAGCAAAGUUCCAGGUUUUUACCAGUGGACGGACGGCACGCCGAUAAUGUACACGAACUGGGGUGACGGCCAACCCGAUGAUCAACAGGGUCAUUGUGUUGCCAUGAACAGCGGCAACGACGCCGGCUACUGGGCGGACCGAAAUUGCUCCCAGCCAUAUAACUUCAUCUGCGAGAUUGCCCGGACUGGUUACCCGACAAUACCGCCCCCUGUGGUGGUGACACCUACGCCGCCAACAGAUAACAAUUGCGCAACGGGAUGGGUGGGCUGGGGCAGUCGGUGCUUCCUGAUUUUUGAGUUGGACAGUGACUCCGCUGCAGUCAACUGGGACACAGCUAACAGAGAAUGUGAGAACAUGGGAGCCACUCUGGCCAGUUUCCAUCACCCUGAUGAGGAGAAGUACUUGAUAAGCAAGUUUUCACCGACAACUAACAGACGUUUUUGGAUUGGACUGAACGACCAGCGUUUUGAAGGAGGCUAUGCAUGGAGUGACGAUACCCCAGUGGAGUACACCAACUGGGCUGCUGGGGAGCCCAACGAUUAUGGUGGCUGGGAAGAGUGCGUGGAGACAGACUUCAAGGGGGGACGAUGGAACGACCAAAGCUGCUGGGAUCGACGCAACUAUAUCUGCGCCAUACCCAAAGGGAAGACGGUAAUCACAACACCACCACCAACGAUUGCUACAGGUGACGACUGCGUAGGCUUUGUUGGAUGGAAGCACCUGUACCCCAACUGUUACUACUUCAGCACUAAAGGGGACGGCUUGAAAGAUUGGUACGAGGCGGAGGAGUUCUGCCAUAAACAGAAUGCUCAUUUGGUCUCCAUCCAUGACAAAACAGAACGAGAUUUUAUCAAGAAUCGGAUGGACGCAUUUGUCGGUAAUUACUGGUGUGGGCUUCGAGCAAACAUCACACAUCCUGGCAAUCAUGAGUGGUCCGAUGGAACCCUCUUGGACUUGAAGAACUGGCAGGUCUUCCAGCCAGACACCAAGAACGGAGAGGAACUCUGCGUCCAAAUGAGGGCCAAUCAAUUGAUUCCGUUCCUGACCGGCCAAUGGCUGGAUGCCAACUGUGGCCUGGAUGCCCGCUUCGUCUGCAAGAAGAACGUGGACGGCACCGCGCCCACCCACCAGCCCACCCCUGCACCCACUGGAGGUUGCCCAUUGGGUUGGCUCAAAUACAACAACCGAUGCUACAAGAUCAUGGGUGUGGGCGGCCAAUCAGACCCCAGGAAGAACUGGCAGGAUGCCAAGACGGAGUGCAUGAAGACGACGGGGGCAAACCUUGCCUCCAUACACAGCAUCGAGGUCCAGACUUAUUUGACUGCCGAUAUGAUCGAGUCUACCGACGACGUGUGGAUAGGGAUGUCUGCUCUGGCUAGCGGCAGCAAGUUUGUUUGGACUGACAGCAGUUCCGUGGACUUUGUCAACUGGGCGGCAAACCAGAAGGAUCAAACGGACUUUAUUCAGCUUGGGAAUGCUUCAGAUUGUAUCCGGAUGAUGUAUGAAGACGACGAGCCAGGCAAAUGGCUGGAUGAGAACUGUGACGCUCUGCAUGCCUACCUAUGCAUGAUGAAACCAGAUGACCAGUAUCCCGACAACCCGAUUUCAAAUGAUUGCACCGAUUUAAGCGGAAGUGGCUACACACAAUACGGCGACGUGUGCUUUAAGGUCUAUACUGAUUCGAAGAGGAAUUUUAACGAUGCCAAGACAAAGUGUGAGGCAGACGGAGCUAACCUGACGUCCAUCAUGAACGGCUAUGAGCAGGCCAAGCUACAGUCAAUGAUGGACGACAAGGGGAAACUUGGCAGCAUGUGGAUUGGACUUUACGAUGAUCCGGCCACUGGAGUGUUUGCGUGGAUAGACGGCUGGCCGCUUCACUAUGACAACUGGGGAUGGACCGAUCCUAAAGGCCUCCCGUACGUAAUCAUGAAGGAGGACGGUUGGCUGUAUGAGGCUGGUGAAUGGGGAAACGUAAACGGGGAGGGUUUCUUCAAUAAGUACUACACGGCCUGCAAGUACAAUCCAGCCACACCCCCACCCCCUGAGCCCACCGUGGUCGGAUACUGUGACAACGGCUGGGGCGCCUUCGGUUCCAGCUGCUACAUCGUCGGCUCCGGCAUCUUCGCCAAGGGAACCUUCGGCGACGCCAUCUACGACUGCGACAAGAAUUACGGCGGGGCCCACGUCGUGACUAUUGGGAGCAAACUGGAGAACAGCUAUGUCAAGAGUCUAGCCCAGAAGGAGUUUGGGGUCGAUGAGGUGUUUAUUGGAAUCGACAGGACCGCCAUUGGUGGUUGGGAGUGGGUAGAUGGCUCCCCUUUGACCUACGUCAACUGGGGCAAUGACCCGGACAGUAACACCGGUAAAGACUGUGCCGAGAUGAAGUUUGACUCCAAUGCCAAGUGGUACCACAUCAACUGCAAAAGCAAAAGCCACUACGUCUGUGAGAAAGCAAAGACUCCAAUGAUGACGACUCCAACACCACCUGUGAAGAACUGUUCGACCGGUGAUACUGAUUGGAAGGAGUUGGAUUCAUACUGCUAUUACGUCAGCAAUACAUACGUCAGCUGGCAUGAUGCGGAGGAAUGGUGCAAUCAAAACGGCGGCUACCUGGCAUCCAUACACAGUGCAGUGGAGAAUCAGUUCAUUCUAGAUUUGUUCCCAUACAGGUAUCAGACCGCUUGGAUUGGCUACAGCAAGAUGUUUGAUGGAAGUGGCACUGAUAAGUACCGUUGGACCGAUGGUUCGGAUCCCUUGGACUACACGUCAGGAUGGGGGGUCGGUGAACCAGAUGACCAAUUUGGCUCACAGAAGUGUGCAAAUAUGGAAUGGGACGGCACUUGGGAGGACAAUAACUGCGGUGCUCUGGAAGGUUUCGCUUGCAAGAGGAGGUCCGACAACACGGCACCGAUCACUUUUCCCCCGCCUCCACCGCAAGUUGGAAACUGCCCCGCUGGCUGGAACAAGAUAGAGACGGGUUGCUACCUGAUCAAGGGUGACACAGCAGACUUCAAAUCCUGGGAAGAUGCGAGGACUGAAUGCCAGAAACAAACCAACGGGGAUCUGGCAUCCAUUCAUGACCAAGGAGUCCAGUCCCUGCUAGCAUCCAUGAUCAAGUCGCACACGGGUAACAUGUGGAUAUCACUGCGUGGUGGUACUAGUGGAUGGUGGGGCUAUCACUGGGCCGAUCAGAGCAACGUGGACUACGAACACUGGGCCUUAAACCAGCCCAGUUAUUACUUUGAUCAAACCCAGUGUGUGGUGAUGGUGAAUGACCCGGACUAUCCAGGGCGUUGGGAUGAUCAGCCUUGCGCUGACACACAUGGCUACCUCUGUUAUCAACCACUCGAUGCAAAUCUGCCCACCGUAGCGCCACCGAUCGACGACUGUAAACUAGACGACUACGAACCGUACUAUGACGAUUGCUUCAAGGUCAACACCACGUAUGUGCCCUUCCAGGACGCCCUGAAGUCCUGCGCCAAUGAUGGAGCAUACCUAGCAACUGUCGUUGAUGGUUUUGAUGAGGCUUAUCUGAUCACGAUGCUGUAUGCAAGGGGCUUGGAUGCUGCCUGGAUUGGCUUCGCAGCGUCCAAUAGCACCGGCACAUUUGUCUGGGCGGACCAGCGGCCAGAUUCCUACAUCAACUGGGGCCCAUACCAACCCAACGGUCCAGGCAACUGCGCGGUUCUGACCAAGCAGGCUUAUUGGGUCAACGUCCCUUGUGACGAGGGGUACCCAUUCUUCUGUCGAAUCAACGAUCAACCUUUCGUACCCCCCACUUGGCCCCCCGCCCUGCCAGGCAGCUGUCCGGACAAAUGGGUCCCGUAUGGUGACAACUGCUACAUGUUUGCGUCAGGCGGUAGUUACGUCACCUGGUACGAGGCCUACGUCAAAUGCUCCAUGGACUACGGAGGUGCACAACUCCUGGCCAUCCACAGCAGGGCCGAGAACACGUUCAUCCAGAAGAAUAUUGAUAAUAUCUAUUCGUGGACCGGCGUGUGGCUGGACUUGAGUCGCAACAAAACUGUGAGUAACCAGUAUGAGUUUUUUUGGAACGACGGACACCCGUUGGAUUACGACAAUUGGAGACACGACGAACCCAGCCAGGAGGGAUACUACAGUAAAGACUGCGCCAUCAUGAUGCCCGGUGCCUACGGAAAGUGGGAGACGGACAGCUGCACAUUCGGCAAUGGCUUCGCGUGCCAGAAACCCAAAGUUCCGGUUCCCGAGGGUGGCUGUGAGAAGGGCUGGUUCAGGAUGAACAAUUGGUGCUACGGAGCGUUUGGGAUGUUUGAGCCCGACGCCAAGACAUGGCCCGCUGCCGAGAAAGACUGCAACAGUAAAGGCGGAAACUUGGCCACCGUCUACGGACAGAGUGUCCAGUCUUUACUGGAAGGGAUGAUGUCCGAGGAGAAACAGUCCUUUGCUUGGAUCGGCCUGAGCAAGAGACUGACCGGGUUCUUUGAGUGGGCGGAUGGAACACCAUUCCAUUUCAAGAACUGGGCCGCGGAUAACCCCGAUCAAAUCAACGAUGAGUACAAGUGCGUCCGGCUGAACCAGGACACGACCUACCCAGGUCUGUGGAGCAACAUCCCCUGCGGGUCCGAGGACGGGUCAGGCAAGGGAUCCAAAGGGGGUUACAUCUGCCAAAAACCUGCUGAUCCCAACCUACCCAACAACCCCACCGGCGAGACCUGUACCCAGGCUGGCUACUUCAAGUUUGAUGAGAUCUGCUACAAAGCCUACGGCGGGUCGGACCAGCUGAAGGCAUUCCAAGCUGCGCAGGAUCAGUGCGUGGCGGACGGAGGAACGCUGCCCAGCGUGCCCAACGGCUACGCGGAGGGUUUCAUUGAGACGCUGCUGUUUUACUACGAGAUCAAAGACGCGUGGAUUGGCCUCAGGAGAGGAGCUGAUGGUCAAUUUGCUUGGAUUAACGACGACACCCACGCCUACCGCAAUUGGGAGAAGGAACCAGACCAGGGGACCAACAAUAACUGUGUGAGGAUCAAGGAUCGCCAAGUGUGGGAUGCGGUGCCUUGCGAUACCAAGCACAACUUCAUAUGCCAGAUCGGUCAAACUGUGCCACCACCAAAAACAACUGCUGCAGUUGGGACGAAGCCAACGAAUCCUCCAUCGAAUCCUCCAUCGAAUCAAACAGUUGCAUCAACCACACCACUUAACGGAACCCGCGAGCCGCCAACAAGGGCCCAGCCAAAUCCUUAUGAAGGUCUGAGUGGGGGCGCUAUUGCCGGUAUCGUCAUCGGUGUACUGGUUGCCGUGGUCCUGAUCCUAGUCGUCGUGGGUUAUUUGGCCCUGAGGCAUCGCCAGGUCGCUCUCAAAGCCCCAGAUCUAGGCACGGCCACUGUCAGCGGCUUCGACAACGCCAUGUACUCACCAUCCGUGGAAGAUGUCACCUUUGACACCAAGGGUGCGGGUGUGACUGACGCCUAAAAUAUAUCAAUCCCGGGGAAGGGGAAAGAAAGCAAAGCAAAAUUGAACUUAAGGAAGAUAAUUUUUUUGUGGUAAAGGUUUCGUUUAUAAAAACUUUUUAAAAAAAUUGGGGUUGGGGAACAACAACAAUCUCUUACAAUUUCUGUCGUUAGGAGAAUGCUUAACCCUUACCGUCCUGAUGAUUCGAAUCCUCCAAUUUUAGCAGAAUUUUCAAAACCUUUAUAUAGGGAUUAGGAUUAAUACAUAAGGUUUUAUCUUUUGGGUCUGGUGAGGCUUCGACAUAUUUUGUCCCUUUUUGGGGGAGGCGGGGGUUGGGUUACCUUUAGACCUUCCAUAAAACUUGUACGCAGAAAAGGCGUGCAGCUGUUUCUCAUCCUGAGAGCGCAAUUUCUUGGGUAUGCUUACCGUAAGCGAAAAUCCCUGCUUACUGUAGCAGAAAAUUCAGUGCUUACGAUAAGCAUAUUUCACGCGUUAGCGAGGAAUUUUGACUUCUGCACAUGCGUACAUCCUGUUACUAGGGAUUCUGCGCUUACAGGCUUAGCACAUAAUGUUUUCUGCUAGUGCAGUUAGCACAGAAUGGUCGUCGUAAGCGUGGAAGUAUGUGGUUAGCAGAGCCAUGAAUUGGGCCCAGCAGGUGGUUUCCUCAUUUCACCUGUUGGACGUAAGGAAGAACUUGUGAAGCUUCGCAUUUUCUCGUUUUUUGGGGGGUGAACUUCUGCGGUUGUUACUUAAAUCGUACAAGCAAAUAACUCUUUUGAUAGUGUAGCAUGUUUUAGUGAUCGCAUGCCGGUUAUUGGGACUGGAAACAAUUGCUCUUAGUCUUAGUUACUGCAAAUAAGCACCUCUACAAAGAAGCACUCCGACGCAAUACAUUCAUCAGCAUUUUGUAGGCAGUUCUACUAUAAUAGAUAUCUUAGUGUCCAUAUACAUAAUUAAAUAAGAAUAAGUACAUAACACAAAGAACUUUUUAUAAAGGUGAUGAUUACUUCUAAAGCUACAGUACUUUGUUUUAAAUUGUCUUUUAUUGUUUGAAAUAAUUUUUGUAAAUGAAAUUUAUAGGAGCUGCUGAAGUACUGAAAUUCGUUUUUAUGCAAAUAAAUGAGCUAAGUUUAAAGCCUGCUUUAAAGUUUGUUUUACUUCACAUUACAAGUAAAUAGUAGCCUAUUGUUUAUUGAUCAGUUUAUUCGGGCUUGUACUUAAUUGGUUAGAUAUUUGGUGGAUUUACACUUCAAAAUAUGGGCAACUAUCCCAUUAUUUUUUUUAAGCAUUCGUCAAUUUGUGUAUUUUAAAGAGAGCAAAAAUACUGACCAAAACUUUGAUUUUGUGUGAAAAAAAUUGUCCACAGUUUAUUGGUGCAAAGUAAUAAAUGAUUUAAUUUCGAAUGAAA